AUGAAGCCAAAGCAACAGCAAAGGGAAAAGAAACCAGCAGGACAAUGGAGAGUAAAGGUGGUGGCAGAGAAAGAUCAGAAAGAAAAGGAAGACAGCUUGGAGCCAAAGCAAGGGGAGAUUAUAGAAGCAGAAUUCCCACAGCAAAAGAAAAGAGGAAAACAAAUCAUGAAGGAACAAGGAAAGCCUAAACAUCACGGGGCAUUGUCUGAUAAAAAUUUAGAAGAUCUAUUGAAUAAGAACAGAUUUGGUCCUCUGAUAAUUCAAGAGAUGUGCAUACAACAAGCAGAAUUAGUGGACUUUCAGAGAUGUGCUAUUGACAUUGGGGUGGGGCAGCUAAACAGAAAAGAAAGUGAAUGGUCUUGGUGUAAUAAGAGGGAUGCAAAUGACAGGAUCUAUAGUAAUAAGGACUGGGCAUUUGGUAAUGUUGCUUGGCUGACAAAGUAUAGUAGUAUAGAAACUAUAUUUGAAAACCCAGGUGUCUUAGAUCAUACUCCUAUUGUCAUUAACACAAUGGUAGUCAAGUCCUAUAUGCCUAAACCGUUUAGACUAUACAAUGUGUUAUUGCAUAAUAAGGAGUUUGAUCAAGCUGUUGAAGAAAUAUGGGGGCAACAUAUAGAAGGACACAAAAUGUAUUUUGUAUGGAUGAAAUUGAGGAGAUUAAAGGAUAGAGUGAUAAAGCUGAACAAGGAGAUGUCAUCAUUAAAAAAAAAGCUGGAUAGCAUAAGUCAACAACUGAAGAUAACUCAGGAGAAGCUUGACAAAGAUCCAUUCAAUGAGGAGUUAAUUACAGAAGAAAGAAAUCUGAUAAGCCAAAAAAUAAAGUGGGAAGAAGUGCAUGAGAAAGUGCUGAGACAGAAAUCUAAAGCAAUCUGGAUAAAAGAAGGAGAUCAAAAUACCAAGACUGAUGGAUUCCCUACAGAAUUCUUCAAAACAUACUGGGAACUUGUUGGAAGUGAAGCCAAACAAGCCAUUAAGGACUUCUUUGAGAAUGAGAAAUUGUUGAAAAGUAUAAACUACACAACAGUAACUCUAGUGCCUAAGGUGAAUACCCCUACAUAUGUAAAGGAGUUUAGACCAAUAGCUUGUUGCUCCACUGUCUACAAGAUAAUUGCAAAAAUCCUGACAGAAAAGCUGAAGAUGGUGGUUGAUUAUAUUGUGGGGCCAUCCCAGUCUGCAUAUAUAGAGGGGAGAAAUAUACUGGAUAAUAUGAUCAUAGCCCAUGAGUUAGUUAAAGGAUAUACAAAGAAGGGAGUAUCACUAAUGUGUUUGAUUAAGGUGGAUAUAAGAAAGGUGUAUGAUUCAGUCGAAUGGCCAUUCCUAAGAAUGAUUCUGAUUGAGUUUGGUAUGCCUAUGAGGUUUGUGCAGCUGGUUAUGGAAUGUGUAACAACAGUGAGUUAUUCCCUAUUGAUCAAUGGAGGAUUAACUACAAUAUUCCAAGCAAAAAAAGGGCUUAGACAAGGAGACCCUAUGUCUCCUUAUUUGUUUGUAUUGGUAAUGGAGUAUCUCAAUCGAUCCUUGAAGACAUUGGAAGGAAUACCAAACUUCAAUUACCAUCCGAGAUGUGCCAAGAAGAAAAUAACUCAUAUUUGUUUUGAAGAUGAUCUUAUAUUGUGUUGUAGAGCAGAUAAGAUAUCAAUCAGAUUACUCAUGAGCAGAUUCCAGCACUUCUCAGAAGUAUCAGGACUGAAGACAAAUAUGGAGAAGAGUGCCUUAUACAUAGCAGGAGUUUCAAAAGAAUUUAAAGAAGAGAUCAUGACAGAGAUGAAGUUUGCAGCAGGGGAGGUACCAUUCAAAUAUCUUGGACUCCCAUUGUCAGCAAAGAAGUUAUCUAUACAACAAUGUAUGCCAUUAGUAGAGAAGAUUACAGCUCGACUCAAAUGCUAG